ACACCCACCUCUUACUCUCUUUCUCUCUCUUUCGCUCUAUCGGAAAAAGAAUAAUCCAAUCGCUACACCAAAAAAAAAAAAUAGAGAGAAAAAAGAAAACGAAAAAAGUCGGCCUUUUGUUUCUGAGGAAAAUAAUCUCAAACCGAAGGCUUAGCUAUGGCGGACAAAGGUAGACCACUGCCAAAGUUUGGUGAAUGGGAUGUCAAUGACCCAGCAUCAGCUGAGGGAUUCACUGUAAUCUUUAACAAGGCUAGGAAUGAAAAAAAGACAGGUGGAAAACCCGAAUCACCAUCUAAGGAUGACCCCACCUUCAAGCAUGAAGCAGUUCUCGGAAAACCUCAAUCUAAGAAAUGGUUUUGCUGCUUGCGUGCGGAAUCGUGAGGAGGUACCUACUUUUUGAAAGAUUUAAGAGGAAAUUUGUUUUAUAUUUUAUGCUCUGUGCCAAUAUUAUAUAUAUAUAAUAUAUAUUCCAGAAGACUGGAGCUGUGUUCAAAAGCUAUGAUUGGUCCUGCUGGAAUCAGUUUGUUAUGCUCUUAAGCUUUGUUGGUGAUAUGGACACAGAAGAUGAAGAAGAAAAAGAAGAAAAAAAAGAUGAUAGCAGGGCAAUGUUGUAUUUUACGUUAUUGUGUAUUUGGUGGGAUAUUAAAUGCCGUGGUGUAGCUUCUUUCCUUUUUUGUCCAAGCUUGAUUGAUGAGUUGAUACUAUUAUUUCACAUUGAUUUCUGAGUGUAUGUGAUUUUCUUGCGUGUAAACUAAUGCAUUUCACUUCAUUUUAUACUUGAACAAAAACCCACCAACGAUAGCUGUUCCUCCAAGAAUUUCUUUUGUAAUACUGUUAUUCUUUUCCAGUUUCUGAAAUAAACCCAUAGGAGAUUAUUUAUUUA